AUGGCGGAAGAAACUCCGGUCCUGACGAUUCAGGAGAGGAUCAAGGCGCUCAAACAAGCUCAAGAAUCACGGCCACCUUCGUUUCGAGCCCAAACAAUCAACAACCCUCCGGUCAACGGUCACGGUUCUGUCAUUGAGCGCUCGGUGAUCGGCAAUGAGCCAGCAGCACCCCCUACACUGGUCCCGCGACCGUCGAUCACCCAGAAACCCAAGGCGCCCCCGCCGCUGCCAACACGGAAAGCUUCCAAUCAGCAACUUGCGCCUGCGCUGCCACCUCGCAGACCUUCGGUGAAUUCUAUUGAAUCAGCUGCGUCCGAUACGUCCCGAUCAACCGUGUCGACAAGUGUGGGGAGACCUGUACCAGGGCGAUCAUCUUCCUCGAGUGAAUCUGGGAACGUUCGUACGGUGCGCGCACCUCGAUAUGAUGAGGCAGAGUUGCCUGUCCUUCCUCCGAGAAGAGAGGAAGUGAAAAAUCCCGAAGCGCCUUCACGGCCGAAACCGACAACGACACAGAGCCGAGGUAGUCUACCGCCUCCAUUGCCAUCGAUAAGAGAACCGCCGUCGCGUCCCUCUGCUCGACCUGCCUUGCCCAUCCGGCGAGCAUCAAGCAACAUCAAUCUGAAGAAUGGUGACGCAGCACCUCGGCCGCCCCCGCGGCUCCCGUCCCGAGACAGUCAGGGCCAGUCGCCAAGCUCAGAAUGCGAAACGAGGCCGGCGAGAAAGCUGCCUCCGCCUCCCCCUUCGGGCUCAGUUCUUGGCAAGUUGCAACAGUCAGGUUUUGGAGGAUUGAACAAGACUGCACCCUCCACAGUCAAUGGUGCACUGCCUCCGGUCCCUAUUGCGUCAAGACCAGAGAAGCCGGACCUUUCCAAAUUACUAGCAACCAAACCGCGUGUUCAGCCAAACACUACGACUACAGAGCCCACGGCGAUGUGCUUGAAAUGCCGAGACUUUUCCGCCCCCGACUCGCACGCCGCCAGGUUUCCGCGAGAGACUCUUCCAACACAUGAUCUUGCCUGGCUGGCCCGCGAGCUUACAGCACCAUUCCCUUCACCUACAGACAAAGCGAGAGCUUUGUUCACAUGGUGUCAUCAUAAUAUUUGCUAUGAUGCCGAUGCAUUUUUCAAUAACUGUGUGAAGCCAUCAACACCAGCUAGUACUCUUGCUUCUGGCCUGGCCGUGUGCGAGGGCUACGCCGGGCUCUUUGCAGCCCUCGCAACCCAUGCUGGAUUGGAAGCAAUCGUGAUCGGUGGCCACGGCAAGGGCUACGGCUAUCAGCCUCUGGGACCCGGGCAGAGUAUUCCUCCCUACAGCGCAGGCCAUGCAUGGAAUGCAGUCCGGAUCGACAAUGGGCAAUGGAAGUUGAUCGAUGUGUGCUGGGGCGCUGGAGUAGUUCAAGGACCAGGACAACCAUAUAAGAAACUCUUCAACCCAACCUUGUUCACCAUGACGAAUGAAGAAUUCAGCGUAAAGCACUAUCCUGGAGCUAAUGAACACCACUUUCGAGAUGAUGGUCGACCAGGGAUGAGUUGGGAGGUGUAUAUCACCAUGGACCCGGAGGCCCCAUUUGGCGUUGAGCAGCCAAGGACUUUCGACCUAAAAAGCCAUUUCAUCAACGAACGCAGCUUCUUACCGGCUGCCAAGCAGGUCUCGGUUUACCAGCCGGGACCGCUUCGCUUUCAGUUCGGUCUCGUCUGUGAGCAUUUCACGCUGGAGCGUCACGGAAAGGUCAAGCCUAGCUUGUUUCUCCUGUGGACCCACGGUCUUGAUGGACGGAAAGACGAACUUAUUCCUUUUACCUAUGUUCGGGGCAGUGGGCCUGAGUUCUGGUACAUCGAUCUUGAGGAUCCUAGGACAGUGGGUGCACCUGGGCAGAAGCUCCAGAUAGUGGCCCUGACUGAGUUUGGCGACCGGAAAGACUGCAGGGGGCUCACUGUGGACGAAUAUAAGGCGAAUGUUGGUCGGGUUCGUAUGGCGUUUUCGUUUGUUGCCGAAUGGGUUCUGGUCUGA